CAAAAAAACGAUAAUAAGGGCCUUCCUCAGUGAAGAGAGUGUUUUAUGUGCAGAGAAGAGUCGAGAGGGAGAGAGCUGCGUGAGAGAAAGAGAGUCGGACACAAUGAACGCGCCGGACCGUUACGAGCGAUUUGUCGUACCGGAGGGGACCAAGAAGGUUUCCUAUGAACGAGACACCAAGAUCAUAAAUGCAGCCUCGUUCACGAUCGAGAGAGAAGAUCACACCGUUGGGAACAUCCUCCGCAUGCAGUUGCACAGGGACGAGAACGUGCUAUUUGCUGGGUACAAGCUUCCUCACCCGCUUCAGUACAAGAUCAUUGUUAGGAUUCACACAACAAGCCAGUCGUCACCAAUGCAGGCAUAUAAUCAAGCUAUAAAUGAUCUGGACAAAGAGCUUGAUCAUCUGAAGAAUGCGUUUGAGACUGAGGUGGCAAAGCAUUCAAGGGAGUUCUGACAUGAAAGAACUGAGAAUGUGGCAUUCAAGCAUUCCCGUUGGUGUGGGAAUGUGGCAUGUGGUUAUGUUUAGAAGUGCAUUAUGACUUCACUGCACUUGUAUGAAUCCAUAGAUACUUUGGCCAAACCUUUACCGUUUGUUAAAUAUUGGUGCGGAUAUGCUUGUAAGUGGCAAAGGCUUCUUCUAGGGGUUCCUUCUUUGACAUGAAUUUACUGGAUGAACCUUCUUUUAUCAAAUGAUUUGCCUUUUGCUGGAGUA